CGUUCUGUUCGCUCCUUUCCUCAUUUGCAUCCUUUAACCGACCGGUUACUUGGAUUCCCAGUUUCUAUUGUGCCCUCGUUAGGACACACAUUGCUACAACGAAGCCGGAACUCAGAUUUGCUCAUCGGAAAUCCACCAUCACUCAUAUCAUCAAUCCAAGAAAUGUAUAACAAUGUGGGAGCCCAGCCUGGGGCGCCAAGGCCUCCAACAAAUCCUCAGCCUAAUCCAUUUGGGAAUGCAUUCUAUGGAGCUGGUUCAGGGCUUAUUAGAGGAGGACUUGGUGCAUAUGGAGAGAAAAUUCUAGGAUCAAGCUCUGAAUAUGUACAAAGCAAUAUAAGUAGAUACUUCUCUGAUCCCCAAUAUUAUUUCCAAGUGAAUGACCAAUAUGUGAGAAACAAGUUGAAGGUUGUUCUAUUUCCAUUCCUGCACAGGGGACACUGGACACGGAUAACUGAGCCAGUAGGGGGCAGGCUUUCCUACAAACCCCCAAUUUAUGAUAUAAAUGCACCAGAUUUGUACAUUCCCUUCAUGGCAUUUGGUACAUACGUUGUACUUGCUGGCUUGUCGUUAGGACUUAACGGAAAGUUUAGCCCAGAAGCGCUCAAUUGGUUGUUUGUGAAGGGAUUACUUGGCUGGUUUAUGCAAGUUGCAUUGCUCAAAGUAACGCUGCUUUCAUUGGGUAGUGGAGAGGCACCCUUAUUGGACAUUGUUGCAUAUGCUGGGUAUACUUUCACCGGGAUGUGUUUGGCUGUCCUAGGAAAGAUUUUAUUCAAAUACUCAUACUACUUUUUGAUGCCAUGGACCUGCUUAUGUAUGGGAGUUUUCUUGGUGAAGACAAUGAAGAGGGUCCUUUUUGCAGAGGUGAGGAGUUAUGAUUCGAGCCGGCAUCAUUAUCUGUUGCUAUUCAUUGCUUUGGCACAGUUCCCACUAUUCACAUGGCUUGGCAACAUUACCAUUAAUUGGCUUUUCUAAACUGAAUUACUUGAUGCUGUAAGAAACAAUUAAGGGUUUUAGAGCUUUUGUAAUUUCAUAGAGAAUUUUCUGCUUUAAUUAAAAUUUUUUUACAGGUGAUUAUUUUUGCA